AUGUCUGACGAAGUAUUUUCUGGCGGAGCCACUACUUCACAACACGUGGACGCUGAAGAUGAUGAUCAUUUUGAAAACACUACUUUCAAGUUGAAACGUACCAGGUCUUUGGGUUUACUUGAUGAAUUCAUCCCAGAAAAAGUUAAAGAACAAGCGUUGGAAACUGGGAAAUCGCCGAGAAAUAACGACAAUGGCGGCGCCAACACAACAACAACAACAACAACAAAUGCAUCAACAGCAAAUGAUCAGCUGGAUAUUGCCAACAAUCAAAACAGCAAUCAGUCAACUUCUGUAUCGUCUUCACCUUCACCAGUUGCCUCUCCUACAACAACGUCCGCUUUGAAUGUACAAUCUCCGGAAUUGAUCCCAUACGACGACACUGAUUUAGCAGCUGAACCUUCACGCCAUGUUGACUAUUUAUCACACCAGUGGGAUGUAUCAGAGAUCUCCAAGUCAUGGAGAUAUGUUGUAUCAAAUAAACAUGAUGUAGCAAAUGCUGCUCGUUUGGAAAAUGCAUCUUGGAGAACGUGGGCACAAAGAAGAUCAAAUUUGAAAACAAUCAGUCCUGAAGUGGUAAACUGGGCAAAGGAUACCGAUGUUACAUGGCUUUAUGGCCCAAUAUUGAACAACAAUGGUGUAUCCUCCAAUGGUGGUGGUGAUGGACAUCGAGGAACUGACGAAAAUGAGGAUGACAUAAAUCACGAACCCACUGCCACAAGUGCUGUUGCAGGAGAUAUAUCAAUACCCAAAAAACUGAAAAACAAAAAUGCUCCAAAGCCAAUUUUAAAGAAGCGAACUAUUGAAGAAUCAAUUAUAAGUCACACGAAUUUGCUUAAAUUGGAAUUGGCAUCAAGUAUUCACCAAAAAAAGAGAGAACAACAGUUGAAACAACAACAACAAGAGUCACAAAAGCAAAGUCAAGGAACUGAUGAGUAUUUUGAUUACAAUGCGCUUCUGAAUAAACUAAACAGUCAGUAUGCCAAUAACCAAACUACAGCAAACACAAAUGUGGCAAAAUUUCAAAAUUUACUCAACUCAAAGUCAAAAUCAAACUCAAAUGCGUCAUCACUGGUUACUGAUACAAAAGAGGGCGAUAAACCUGGGCAUUCUGUAUCAAAAGAAUCCGCUUUAGAGCAAAAUGUAGGAGAGGAAGAGGACGAUAACCAAGAAAGGCAUAUUCACUUUAAUGAUGUUGUCCAACAGUGUAUUGCGUAUGACUCAUUUUCAGAUGAUGAUGAAGGAGGAGGUAGUGGAGGAGGCUAUAGUGACUAUGAUGAUACUGAUGAAGUGUAUGACGACUACGAAGACCGAGUGAAUAACAAUUUGAUUAGAAGUCAUCUAUACGAAGGUGACUUGGAAAAUGACGAGAGUGAGGACAAUGAAGACGAUGAUGACGAUGAUGAUGACGAUGACAAUGAUGACGAAGGAGGGUUUUUCUUAAAAGUGAAAUCCAACUCAAAUCCGGCAUUGAAAUUGGCCCAGAGCCAAAGUUAUUCACCAUCACUGCAAACACACACUCAAUCUGAUAUAGAAUCGUUGCCACCGCUCAGACGAUGCACAUCAAUUAAGCCAUUACCACCAACAACUUUGAAUUAUGGAUCAGAUGAGGAUUCGAGUGAUGAGGAUUAUCCAUACACUUCAAGCUUAUCUCAUAAUGUUGGCAACGAUAUCAGUAGAGGAUAUGAUUAUUAUUAUGAUUACAAUACGGUGUAUCCUAGCGAUCCUUACCAAUAUCAAGGUUACCAAACACCUGAUGUCGUUGAUGUUCCUGAAAAUUUAGAUGUGGGGUCAAAUGUCAAUUAUGAUUUGAUUGAUAAUAGUAACGACAUGGCGAUUGGUACAUCAGAACAUAGCGAGCAUAGUAGUGGACAUGCCAACCCCGCGCAAUAUAAUCAGUCCAAUGCUCAUGGUGAUGGAGAUGUGUCACCUACAUCGCAUAGUUCACCGACCUCACCAUUAGCAGGACCCAAGGCACCUGUAUCACAGUUUAUACCACCUGCAUCUACUUCCACAUCUCACAGCCCCCACCAACCUCAUUCUCAAGCUAUGCACAUGCCAUUCCAGUUGAGUGACUCUGAAAGUGAUUCAGAUGAAGAAGAAGAAGAAGGAUUGAGCAUAGGCACUCGAAGGCUGAGCCAAGCUUUGGCAGAACUGAUUUUCCAUGGACAUAACCCAUUAACAGAGAAUAAGAACUAG